UCAACCAAAACAAGUGUUUUCUUUCUUCUAUUUUCAUUUAACUAUAUUUUAUUUGUUUCCCUUAGAAACAACAAUUCUUACAUCUCAUAUAGCAUCAUCAACUCCAGUUCCUUCAGUACCUGUAACUCCACCAACAAGUGUAUCAACUUUAGUAGAACUAGAUCCUACAACUUCAACAAUAGCAUUGAUGCUAGCAAGAAUUAUAGUUUAGGAUUGUGGGAUAGUAUCCUCUAGAAACAAGUCUCCAGCAAAACCAUUGAAUGCAACAACAUAUGUUGAGGUCUGUAGUACAAGAGUUAAACUCAAACUCAAUAUUUUUCAAAGGAGAAAGAAACACAAAGGAAAGAGAUGAGGAAGACUACUACUACUAUUUCUACAUCAUAUGAAGAUGAUGCAUGCAUUUCAAUAGCCAAAUGUGGCGUGUGCUAAAGAAGGAAAAGUUUGAAAAGAGAAUCAUAUUUUAAAUACAUAUAUGGAGAGGAAAUAAAUGUCGUUGUUUCUACUAUGUAAAUAUUAAUGUUGUGGAUCACCAUUUCUCUUCUCUUCUUCCUUGUCUCCCCUGCUACUUCAACAGAGGUAGAUGGUGCAAUUGCUUCCACCAAACAGAGACGUGAGCAAAUUGUUGCACGUCAAGGCGCAGUUGCUGCCGAUGAUGGCCGAUGUUCGACGAUCGGGAUGAAUAUUCUCCGGAAUGGAGGCCAUGCCGUCGAUGCAGCGGUGGCUGCUUCCCUUUGCUUGGGGGUUGUAAGCCCGGGAUCAAGUGGCAUAGGUGGAGGAGCCUUCAUGUUAAUUAGAGAAGCUAAUGGGAAAGCACAAGUAUUUGACAUGAGAGAAACAGCUCCAAUGAAAGCCUCUCAGAACAUGUAUGCAGGCAAUGCUAAUCUAAAAGCCAAUGGUGGUCUCUCUAUCGGAGUACCAGGGCAACUUGCAGGGCUUCACAAAGCUUGGAAACAACAUGGAAAACUUCCAUGGAAAAGACUGGUGAAACCAGCUGAGAGUCUUGCUCGAAAAGGGUUCAAAGUUUCUCCAUAUCUCCAAAUGCAGAUGGAAAGUUCGAAAUCAGCAAUCAUGGCAGAUAAGGGGCUUCGAGAAGUCUUCACAUCAAAUGGGGAGCUUCUGAAAGUUGGUGACAUUUGUUAUAACAAGAAGCUAGCAAGAACUCUUCGAAAGAUUUCAGUAUAUGGGGUACAAGCUUUCUAUAAUGGAUCCAUCGGGUUUAAUUUAGUAAGAGAUGUUCAAAAAGCUGGUGGGAUACUCACAUUAACUGACUUGAAGAAGUAUGAAGUUAAAAUGAGGGAACCCAUCACAGCUAACGUUCUAGGCCUUAAAAUUCUUAGCAUGCCACCGCCUUCCUCAGGGGGAGUUUCGAUGACACUAAUAUUGAACAUUCUUGCCCAAUAUGCAAUCCCAACCGGCCUUACAGGAUCACUUGGAACCCAUAGACUAAUAGAAGCAUUGAAACAUGCAUUUGCAGUAAGGAUGAAUUUAGGUGAUCCUGAUUUUGUAAAUGUUUCCCAAGUUGUAGCCGAUAUGCUCUCUCCCAAGUUUGCACAAGAGUUAAAGAAAACCAUUCAUGACAACAUGACUUUUGGUCCCAAGUAUUAUGGUGGAAGGUGGAACCAGAUCGAUGAUCAUGGAACCAGUCAUGUAUCCAUAGUGGAUACCAACAGAAACGCUGUAGCAAUAACUAAUACAGUGAAUGCAUUCUUUGGUUCAAAAAUACUGUCACCAAGUACUGGUAUAGUCCUCAAUAAUGAAAUGGAUGACUUCUCAAUGCCGAGUAACAAUAGCUCAAAAGAUACCCCACCGCCGGCACCAUCCAACUUCGUCCGCCCUGGCAAAAGGCCCUUAUCUUCUAUGACACCCACAAUCAUUUUGAAGGAUGAGAAGCUGAAAGCGGUGGUGGGUGCAAGUGGAGGAGCUAAUAUCAUUGCUGGGACUACACAGGUUUUCUUGAACCAUUUUGCUCUUGGGAUGGAUCCACUCUCGUCUGUCAUGGCACCAAGGGUCUACCAUCAGCUGAUACCCAAUGUUGUGAAGUAUGAGAACUCGACAAAUGUGAUUGGCGAUCAUUUUGAAGUGCCCGAAACAAUCAGGAAAGACCUUCAAAAGAAGGGACAUAUACUACAAGGUCCAGCCAGUUUAAGUGUUAGCCAAUUUAUAGUUCAUAAUUUAGAUGGUUUGAAGGGAAAUGGAGAACUUGUGGCAGUUAGUGACCCUAGAAAAGGAGGGUUCCCUGCCGGUUUCUAAUACCCACGUUUAGUGGGAUUGUGGGUGAUGAAAUUCGGGUCGCAUGUGUGAGAUUAUAAUCUUAUGAUCAUUAUUUAAUCAAAAUAAUUGAGAAUGAAAUAUA